ACGGUUUCUUGAUGGAUUUAGCGGAGCUUCACUGAGACUCGAUGAACGACAACAUGUACGCGGGACGCAAACGGAGAAAACCGGCGCAGAAGGGAGUCAAGCCGACCCCGACUGAAGGCGCCAAGUCCAACCCGUCCAAACGCCACCGGGACCGGCUGAACUCGGAGCUGGACCGGCUCGCCAGCCUGCUGCCCUUCCCCGAAGACGUCAUCUCCAGCCUGGACAAGCUGUCCAUCCUGAGGCUCAGCGUCAGCUUCCUGCGCACCAAGAGCUUCUUCUCAGUGGCGUUGAAGAACCAGCUGUCCAAUGGCGUCAACAAGAGCAGCGACGGCAACAACGGCAGCAAGACGGCGAGAUCUGCCGACGGACGGAUACCUGAGGGGGAGCUGCUGCUGCAGGCUCUGAAUGGAUUCGUUCUGGUGGUGACGGCGGAGGGAAUCAUCUUCUUCUGCUCUCACACCAUCCAGGAUUACCUCGGCUUCCAUCAGACUGACGUGAUGCACCAGAGUGUGUUUGAGCUGAUCCACACUGAAGACCAGCAGGAGUUCAGGAGGAACCUCCACUGGGCCCUCAACCCCCCCAUCAGCCUCGGACCCCCCACAGAUCCCCCAGAUGGCGAGUCUUCCUGCCUGGUGAGCUACAACCCCGACCAGCUUCCACCUGAGAACUCGUCCUUCCUGGAGAGAGGCUUCGUCUGCCGCUUCCGCUGUUUGCUGGACAACUCCUCCGGCUUCCUGGCGCUGAACAUCCAGGGCAGGCUGAAGUUCCUCCACGGCCAGAGCCGCCAGCAGUGUGACAGCGAGGCCAGCAGCCCGCCUCAGCUCGCCCUGUUCGCCAUCGCUACGCCCCUGCAGCCUCCAGCCAUCCUGGAGAUCCGCACGAGGAACAUGAUCUUCAGGACCAAACACAAGCUCGACUUCACGCCCAUGGCUUGUGACGCAAAGGGUAAAAUAGUCCUGGGCUACACCGAGGCGGAGCUGAGAGUCUAUGGUUCAGGAUACCAGUUCAUCCACGCCGCCGACAUGCUGCACUGCGCCGACAACCACGUACGGAUGAUAAAGACGGGCGAGAGCGGCCUCACCGUCUUCAGGCUGCUCACCAAGGACAACCGGUGGAAGUGGGUCCAGGCCAACGCCAGACUGGUCUACAAGAACGGCAAGCCGGACUACAUCAUCGCCACCCAGAGGCCUUUGGUGGACGAGGAAGGAGGGGAGCACCUGAGGAAGCGAUCUAUGCAACAUCCCUUCACCUUUGCCACCGGAGAGGCUCUCCUCUACCAGACCAGCUAUCCGCUGCAUGGCUUCCCUGACUCCUUCCAGGGCAAAGCCAAAGGCAGCAAGUCCAAGAAGGGCAAAGUGGACAAGAGCUCUUCAGAUGAACUGGACCCAAAGUCCCUGCUGGGGGCGCUGAUGAGCCAGGAUGAGUCCGUGUACGUCUGCCAGCCCGACAUGGAGCCCAAGAUGUCCUACCACAGCAGCCUUUUUAGCGAACAGCAAAGCAAGACUGACGGCAUCGGAGGCCUGUUAGGGGGCGACGGCUGGCAGCUCGUAUCUAACGGGGAGGCGGGGCGAUGCAACGGUAAAAGCUCCAGUUUUGAUCCGCUGCUGGCCACCCUGGACUCUCUGUCUCUGGACGGAGGGGAAACGUGCUCCAACAGCGAGCUCUUCAGCGCCCUGGAGAACCUGGGCCUGAAUGCUGAAGAUCUGGAGCUGCUGCUGCUGGAUGAGAGGAUGAUCCAGGUGGAGCUGGACCCCAACCACAUCCCAACACUCAGCGACCUUCUCACCAACAACGAAAUCCUCUCCUACAUCCACGACUCUCUGGAGGGUGGAGCUGGGGCGGAGGAACGAGGGGACAGAAGUGGAUUCGGACCUUCAAGCCAGCCGUCAAACCCAGAAUCAGCCCAAAGCGUCUCCCAGCAGACGUGUUUGACGCCUGCCGUCGUUGCAGCUCCUCCCAGCAGCAGGCAGCCCAUCGUCCAGCUGUCGCAGCAGAUGCAGCAGCACAUCAGUUCAGCUCCAACGGGACAGAUUCAGCCCGGAACAGUGAACUCAAACAACCCGACUGGGAUUCCCAACAGUCACUGGGCGAUAACGGCGGAGAACCACCAGCCUCCCAUCAACCACACCCACCAGCACCCUCAUCCUGCGCCGGAAGCCACGCAGCUGAACGGUGAACACAAACACCUCAACUCACUUCUGGAGUCGAGCCAGCAGUGGCAGCUCCAGCAGGACCAGCACUCAGUCCACCUCCAGUCCCACCAGCAGGUCAACAGCGAGAGCACGUUGCUGUCGGGUUUCCAGAACCAGCUCGGACUGAUGACGAACGGAUCUUACGUCCAAACUGGACACGCGGCUUUUCCCCCAAACGUGGAGGUUGGUCACACAGACUACAGUCUUUCCAACAUGCCGCACGCAGGCAGCACGGCCCUGAACUGCCUGAGCGUCCAGGACGUUUGUCACUACCAGAGCCUGGUGGCCACCACGCAGCCCUACCAGCUGCAGGCUCACCAGAAACACCAGCAGCAGCAGCAGCACAUGUUGCAGCAGACUCAGGUUCCUCCGUCUUGUUUGCCCCCGUGUCCCACCCAGAGCUCUGCACUGGAGUUAGAGCAGCUACUGGCUCUGUCGCAGCCGCAGCACAGCCGGCCAUCUUUAGAGGCCUACAGCGUGUUCAACGCCACGCAGGACUCCACCCACAGCAAGCUGGAGAACGGCUGCCUCCUCAGCGCAGCCAACGCCGCGUACGUCAGGACGUGUCUGAUGCCCAACGGAAACGCAGUGGCGACGGGCGACAUUCCCGUUUCGUGCCCCGACGGACUCCCUGCGCUACAGGACCCCCAGAAGUCUGGAUUCUUCCUCUGAGGGGACGAAGGCCAAGAGUCAGUGGAGGCCAGAAGAAAAGAGAAGGUAGAGAAGGAACUAAGAGAGAGGGACGAUCUCUACAGACUGAAGUUAAACUCUGUUCCACUACAGACCUCUGAUCAGGUUCUCUCUCAGAGCAUUUGGUUUCGUCUGUGCUACUCAGAAACACAAGUCACCUGAAAACGGUGAAGAAAAGACAAUCUGUUAAUGUCACUGUGUUAUAACGACUGUUCGUGCUCUCACUGAACGUUUCCAUGUCUGGAUUCAAAUCUGUCAGGAACACGAGCCUGACUGGAUCUACGCUCUCAAGCCAAAACUCAUCACUUCCUGAUUUGUAAAUACACGAUUUAAAGUCCUGAAGAGAAGCUACGAAGAGACAACAGUGGUCAAAAAAAAAGGCCGUUAAAGGUGAUUUAAAACGACGUCCUUCACGUGACUGCUGACCAUUUUUAACCACAUCGUUGGUUUAAACUUGAGUCAGAGAUCAUUUAAAUAACCAGUGAACAGCUGCAUGUAUCUGAACCAGACUUCUAGAGUACAACCAGAGAAAAUACUGGAUUCAUCCUCGUCCGACCAAUCAGAAUCAGUUUGGAUGAGACACCACAGCCCAAACUACAACUAGACUGUUAUUUAUUUCUCAUUCGUCCACCCUCUUAAAGUAGGAAAUAUUCUCCCUCAGAAUUGUGCUAAAAAUGGUCCACAGCCACGUGACAGGAAGUGAUUUAAAUCGCCCUACGAGCCAAAAUACCUGACAGGAGCGUAAGAACGAGCUGCUUCCAUUAGCGCGACAGCUACUCAACAUGCUGCUGGUAUUCGAAUGUGAACGCUUCGGCGGUGGAGGAGGAGCAUUUCCUAGAAGACGUUUAUACUAACAGCCGUGAGAUUUGGAUUCUCGGAUCGAACACACCAACAGAUUAUUUAAAUGUCCGUGUUUGUUUGUCACCUAGGUGUAGAAGAAACGUAGGGUUAGUAGAGUCGUCCUGGUGCUUUACGUGUCGACAACUAAGCAUUUCAUCCUUAUGGUUAAUAUUGUUUAAAAAGGAUUUAAAAAAAAAAAAGAAAUCAAAGAACGAGCAUCCGAAAGGUUUUUAUUUAUUGCUGCUGCCACAGAAAAACCACGUUGCCUCUGUGGCCGCGGCAUCACCACGUUUAUCCUAAUGCUGCAUUUUAGCCUGUUCGAGGUUUACAAUGAUGUCGUGCACUUACACGUACGUAAUCAGGAAGCGUCUGAUUUGUCCGUCAGUGGCACCGAAAUCAAACAUCAAAAAGCAUUUUAGUUUCCUGACCGGAGACAGUGUGAAAAUCUCCCGUUAAUGCCUUGUCUGGGCGGCCUCGGCCAGUCAGACGCCCACUUACUUCAUCCUGCAGUCGUGUCGUGUGGGAAACACUGAAUGCACUUACACGCACACACACUAAUCCAUUAAGGACCUAAUUGUAAAUAAUUGAUUAGAAGUGAAGGCGGGAGAGGAAGUGCAUGGAAGUUAUUCUUAAGUUUUGUUUUCCUGUAAUAACAAAGGAGAUUUUCUACGAUUGAGGAGACAUCUGCGCUCGCAUGCGGGCCGGAUUUGUUCUCUUUUUAUGUCCAUGUUUGGCCGUUCUGCGCAUGUGUGGAGAACAAUUAUCCAGAAACAUGUAGGAACAGUUAAUUAACGGUUCCCGUGUGAUGUUUUCAUCAAACCAACAGAACUAACAGACUGUUCGCUCUGAGGAGGCUUCCUGUUCUUUUCAGACAAACAUAUAAAACUUUCCCCACAUGACUGAAGCCCUUUUCAGACAUCCAUCCAUCUACACACCGCU